AUGAGAGCGGAAGUAGUGGUGGUUUUAACCUUUAUUGAGGUAUAUGGAGAACCUUUAAGUGUUUUCGUGGGUGCUGGUUCAGCAAUCGCUGCUUCAUUGAGCAUUUUCAGUUACUAUGUUCGAUGCAAACUUUUUGAAUGUUGCAACAGUCAUUGGGUAGAAGGAAAUUAUACAGGCUUGCAGCAUUCUAUGCACACACGAUUAUAUGGGCAACAUCUGGCCAAGGAAACUAUAAUAACAGCCGCAAUUGCGCAUUGGAAAAAUCCAAAUCCUAAAAAGGCUUUGGUGAUGUCAUUUCAUGGAUGGACUGGUUGUGGCAAAAAUUAUCUUAGCUCCAUGAUUGGCGAGAACUUAUACAUAAAUGGAAUGAAAAGUGAAUACGUUCAUGUUUAUAUUUCGACACUGCAUUUCUCAAACUAUUUAGAAAUACCACUUUAUCAGAUGCAGUUACGUUCAUGGAUACAAGGGAAUGUAUCGAAAUGCGAGCGAAGCUUAUUUAUCUUUGACGAAGUAGACAAAAUGCCUGCGAAAGUAAUUGAUGCCUUAAAGCCUUUUUUGGACCACUAUGAACAUUUGGAAAGUGUUGAUUUUCGAAAAAAGAUCCAUGAUUUAAAUUACAUUUGCAGUAAUUCUGGAAGUAAUGAAAUAGCGCAGAAAGCACUUCAACAUUAUCAAGAUGGAAAAAUAAGAGAAACAAUAACACUGAAGGAGAUGGAAGAUGUUGUUAUGGCUAGCGCAUUCAAUACUGAAGGUGGGCUAAAAAUGAGUGAAUUGAUCUCAGCACAUUUGAUUGAUCACUUUGUUCCUUUCUUACCUCUAGAAAGGAGACAUAUAUUGCUUUGUAUCCGAGAUUAUAUGCUUUCUCAUGAAUUCACGCCAACAGAUGAACGUAUCACUGCUAUUGCUGAUUCUUUGCAGUACUUUCCUAAAACAAAUCCGAUCUAUUCUUCAUCUGGUUGUAAACGGGUUGCUCAGAAGACUGAGCUGUUUAUAUCUGCAGAACGCGAAAGAGAACGACAGCGUUUUGAAAACUUUCAAGAUGAUGACGUAUUAUAA